AAGAAGGAAGGUAACUAAAAAUGCAUUUUCACACUUCUCCGUCAGCAAUUCGGGAUGGAUUUGUCCUAGUCUCUUGGGCUCUUCGACUGAUCAGCGUCGAUCUCACCUCAUCAUGGCCGCCCUUUGCGCCCCGAGGCUACAGAGAUUCACAUGGUUAGGUAGUAUUACAUAGCACUUUAUAGAUAGAUAUGCACCUAGGUUAGGUAUGCAGUCUCUCUAUAUUAUAAUCGCACAGACUCUUCUGUAUACUCUUCCAUGCAUGGUCCCACCUCACCUGUCCCCCAUACUCCUACUCACUCCCCUCUAUACAACGGACUUGUGCCACAUUACAAUUAGUCAAUCUGAGAGUAUAUGAUAAAUGGUCUUUGCCUUUCCAUUAUAUUGACACAUGGUGCCCACUUAUCACAUCAUAUUACAGGCCCAUCAGUGUAGCCCUAUUACCAUAGUGUCGUCAACGUUGGAACCAGGACUGGGAUUAUAGAUUAACUCGUUUCCCAACAUCGUCGGUUCACAGUACCAGACCUCUAGCUAAACCACCUUAGCUAUGUCGUCGACCGCAUUAAAGUAUUACCAACGCCCGGGGCAUGUCAUUGCUGCCGGAGUCGUCCUGUCCGUUAUUGAUAUCAUAUCUGUUGCGCUGCGGUUCUGGACUCGCCGGAAGCAGCAUCAAUCUCUAAAGGCCGAUGACUGGCUUCUGAUACCAGCUACGCUCAUCACAAUUGGUAUCGGCAUAUGUCUGGUCUAUGGCGUCUCGCAAGAAGCCCUCGGGUUUCCCUUCAAGAUCGCCCCAGAGGAUAUAGAGAAUUCUCUAAAUAUUACUUCAGUACAACUUUCGAUAGCCUUCAAAAUCGAGUUCUCGGUCAUCUCGAUGCUGCCGCUCGCACUCGGCUGCAUCAAAGCCAGCUUUCUCUUCUUCUACCGGCGCAUCUUCUCCGUCAACAAAAAGACCGACAUCUUCCUCAUCGGCAUGAUCGUCCUCGUCGUCCUGUGGACGCUGGGCUUCUUCUUCACCGUCGUGUUCGAGUGCGGCACCAACUUCUGGGUGGUCUGGAGCACCGAUUCGGCGUCGGCCAAGAAUCUGACGACGCACUGCAUCCCGACGAUGCCGCUGGCGCUGUCCAUCGGGAUCACAGAUUUUAUUACGGAUGUUAUCAUCAUCUCUAUCCCGGUGCCACUUAUUUGGCGCUUGAACUUUUCAACCAGCAAGAAGGUCGUGGCCAGUGCCGUGUUUCUCCUAGGAGCAGUGACAAUCGCAGCAUCUUUAACACGGCUCAUCGUGAUAACCAAAGACGUGCACGCAGCCGUCGUCUUCAACCCCUACGAAGACGCAAUUCUGGUCAUCACCGAGUAUCUCUACUGGGGCGCCAUCGAAUGCGGCAUCGGCGUCCUCGCCGCCUCCCUGCCCACGCUCCGCUAUCUCCUCAUCGACAUGUCGCUGAAGUCGGUAAUCGACAGCACGUGGGGGUCCCUGCGGACCAAGCGCUCGCGGUCGCACUACUCGAGCAACAGCGACGAGCAGGCCAUCCACGUCGACCAGAUCGUCAACGUGGACUACGCGAAGCGGAAGAGCACGUCCAUGCACUCGCAGUCGACCUCGCAGACGCAGGACCGGCUGGUGCCGAAGCACCACGGGGUUAAUGGGGCCGAGGCGUACUCGAUGAAGGACUGGAGGAUUUCGGGGAAUGUGUAGACGGGGGGCUAUGGAGGGUACCUAGGCUCUGUGGUGCAAAUGGCGUUGGAUAACUGCACUCGCUCUGUUGAUCAGAUCGUCGUUCUUUCCAGCGGGUUGGGUAAUGAGCAACGUACAGCCUGUUAGCUUCGCUCGUUAGGUACUACCGGGAGGAAGAUAACUAGGUAUCUUUUUUUUUUUUGUGUUUGGGAUGUUUUUAGCAGGUGUUAUCAGGGGUCUAUAGGUUGGAGUAUAGCAUGUUGCCUGGGAAAGUAGCCAGGUGCAUGCAUGCCAGUGUACCUAGAUAUAGUGUUUUUUUUUGUUUUUUUGUGUGAUACCCUCAGAUACAGCAGCGGGGUAUAUGACUACCCCUGAGAAUAGGGGUAGUUAAAAGGAAAUAGGAAAUUAACCCACUCCUACCUGAAUUGACUUUCCCAUGAGUGCAAUCAGGAGAGAGGAUACGAGUAUCGAUUCUAGAUAUAAGUAAUCUCGCAUCAUUGAACCUAGCGAUUGGUAUAACCCAGCAAACGUCACACUAGAUCAUCACGUUGAUUUACUGAUGAUCCAAUAACUACUUCUUGGUGUUGAAUCUUGAGUUAUGGUCAAAACCACUUGGCCUCUUAUUUUCUCGAUAGAAGACUUGUUGAGGUGCCUGGACACUUUCCAAGUGUUGAUCCAGGUACUACUAGUAGUACUACUAGGUAUGCAGGUUAAGAGUAUGCAUAAUGGUGGUC